AUGUCUUACGCCGGCAAACGGAGUUUGUCAACAUCAUCACACACAUCACGCCCUCCUAAAACCAGACGAGGCCUACGAUCAACACGUGCUGGCAUCCGCCGUAAACUGCUACAUGCCAUCAAGCAGGCUUCACUCGAUGGUGUUGUCGAAACAGUUGUCUCUCACGAUAUCCUACUCGUUCGUCCAAGAGCUGGUGUUGACAUCAGAUACGGGUAUCCCGUAUCCAAGUCCACUCGUGGCCUUCACCAGGCCGACUACGACCCGCCUUCGGUGGUAGACUCUCCCUUUGCACAUGCAAGCUGGGUGUUGGAGCAGGGUUUCGACAUCGAGACCAAGUACGAACUUCCUACUAUGCUACAGGUUGUAGCAUCUGCUUUGCGAGCUCUUACUAAGGCCGAACUUCGUUGGCUUCGCCGUCAUAAUCAAGUUGCCUUGAGUCAACUCUCUGCCUCAUCUCCCUCUAACUGCAAGUUCAAGCCCCAUUUAGCAGCUUCUCACUGGAACCUACACACACUUCAACUUCUAGUGAGUCUCACCAACCACGUCGACUCACAAUUGGUCAGAGAUCUCUCUCAAGGUUUCCCCAUCACAGGCGACAUUCCCGACGGAGGCCUCUUCCCGAAGUUAACCAAACCGCGGGUUGCCCGUUGUGACAGAAAUGAUCUGAUGCUACGGACUCGCGAUAUUCAACGUAUGUCCUCCUACUUACGAACCUCUAAAACCGACGAGCGUCUCCAGGAAGCCCUCUCUGCGGAUAUACUGGCGGAA